AUAAAAAACUUUCAUAAACCCUAACAAAAACCCUUUCUCUGUUUUCCUCUUCUUCUAGAAAUCAAACAAAAAUGGCGUUCAGUUCAAUUCUUCGCAACAAGUCAAGUACUUUCUUGAGGGCUUUUGCUUCUACUGCUCAAUUGAUCAGAAAAACCCAACCGGGUCAUUGUGCAGUGCUUUCUUCCGCCAUCAAUCGAUACGAAGAUUCAUUUGUUCCUAGGUUUCACUUUUCUUCUGUAGCUGCUGUCAAGAACAAACCUUCCUCCGAUGAUAAUCUUCUCCGUAUCAUUGAAUCAGAAAUCACUUGUGCUCAGGAAACCGAUGAUUAUGACGCUGCAGAAGAAGUUCCGAGUAAUUUUCCAUUUAAGAUUAUUGAUAGUCCAGGACAACAAACUAUAACACUUGAAAGGACUUAUGAAGGUGAAGAAAUUAAGGUCUUAGUUGACAUGCCUGAUUUGGUUACUGGUGAAGAACAUGAUAAUGAGGAUAAUGAUAAUGAUAAUGAGAGUGAGAGAGCAACUCAAUCAAGCAUUCCAAUUUCAGUCACUGUUUCUAAGAAGGAUGGACCCUCUUUGCAAUUCAGCUGUGUGGCUUACCCUGAUGAGAUUGUUAUUGACAACUUGUCUGUUAAGAAUCCUGAUGUUUCUGAUGAUCAAAUUCCUUAUGAACCAGAUUUUCAGAGUUUGGAGGAGAGCCUACAAAAGACAUUCCAUAGGUAUUUGGAAAUUAGAGGAAUCAAACCUAGCACACUAAAUUUUUUGCAUGAGUACAUGAUCAACAAGGACAGUAGAGAAUACUUGGUGUGGUUGAAUAAGGUCAAGAAUUUUAUUCAAGCAUGAGCAUUGACAAGUUUUUGAAGAAAGCACAAAGGAUACUAAAUUUUUGUCUAAUCAUUUGCAUACACAUGUGAAGGCAAAGAGUAAUGUAUCAUAUCACCGUGGUUUCAUUCUAAGGAAGAAAAUAAUGAUAUAUUCUGUUAGUGUGGAUUAUUGGUAGUUCCUACUUCCUAUUUUAAAGAUGCAUUGUGGUUGAAGAUGUUUGCAUUUA